CAGCGCCAUAGCGUGGCAGUCUCGAGAAUACUCCUCGUGACGCUACACGAGCUCUUCCUUUCCGCCGAACUCUCGCGAGUUGAACAUGUCGCAUACUGCAGAGAGAAGAAAUGACGAUCAAUGGCCGGGUGAUUCAAAAAAUGGUCCUAGUGAAAGCGAACAGCCCACGUACGAUGGACCUCCUGGCAUGGACCCCGAUGGCAUCAUCGAGUCCAAUUGGGACGUUGUUGUGGAAAACUUUGAUGAAAUGAACUUGAAAGAAGAACUGUUACGUGGUAUAUAUGCUUACGGGUUUGAAAAACCAUCUGCAAUUCAACAACGUGCCAUCCUACCCUGUAUAAGGGGGCUCGAUGUUAUUGCUCAGGCCCAGUCUGGUACUGGAAAAACUGCUACGUUCUCAAUAUCGAUCCUCCAACAAAUCGAUACUAAUCUUAAAGAAUGCCAGGCCUUGAUCCUCGCACCAACUCGUGAGUUAGCUCAACAGAUCCAGAAAGUCGUUAUCGCUCUAGGAGAUUUCAUGCACGCGGAAUGUCACGCGUGCAUUGGUGGCACCAACGUUCGCGAGGAUAUGCGAAAACUGGAUCAGGGUGUUCACGUGGUUGUCGGUACGCCCGGUAGAGUUUACGAUAUGAUCAGCCGACGAGCACUUCGAGCAAGUAGCAUCAAACUGUUCGUGCUGGAUGAAGCUGAUGAAAUGCUUUCUCGAGGAUUUAAGGAUCAAAUUCACGAUGUAUUCAAAUUAUUACCUAAUGAAGUGCAGGUUAUAUUAUUAUCUGCGACAAUGCCAGCUGACGUGUUGGAUGUAUCCAAAUGUUUUAUGCGGAAUCCCAUUCGUAUUUUGGUUAAGAAAGAGGAGUUAACCUUAGAGGGUAUCAAGCAAUUCUUCGUUUAUGUCGAACGUGAAGAUUGGAAAUUGGAAACUCUUUGCGAUUUGUAUGAUACACUGAGCAUCACCCAGGCCGUUAUUUUCUGCAAUACGCGGCGUAAAGUAGAUUGGCUAACAGAGAGUAUGCAUAAACGUGACUUCACUGUUUCUGCUAUGCACGGAGAUAUGGAACAGAAAGAACGCGAUCUUAUUAUGCGUCAAUUCCGAACUGGAUCAUCUAGAGUCUUGAUCACUACUGAUCUUCUAGCACGUGGUAUAGAUGUGCAACAGGUUUCGCUUGUUAUUAAUUAUGAUUUACCUUCCAACCGAGAAAAUUAUAUUCAUCGAAUUGGUCGCGGUGGUCGUUUCGGCCGUAAAGGUGUGGCCAUUAAUUUUGUGACAGAGGAAGAUAAACGAACCUUGAAAGAUAUCGAGCAAUUCUAUAACACUCACAUCGACGAAAUGCCAAUGAAUGUCGCUGAUCUGAUCUAAGUCCGACUGUUGGCUAUAAUCCAUUAUAAUAAAAAAAAAAUAAUAAAAAGUAAGUGACAGAAGCUCUCAGCUGAUCGAUCUCUCAUGGUGUGUGAGUAUAUAUAUUGAGUGAGUUGGUGAACUAUAUCGCUUAUGUAAACGCGAUCUAAACCAAAAUAUUCCAACGUUUUCAUAUUCGUUUCGAUUUAUAAUAGUAGGUUACGGAAAUAGUUAUCUGUUGCGCUACAGGAGAUAGUAGUACGACUAUUAUUACUAUUAGUGUAAUUAUCACUACUGUUGCCGCUACCGAUAUUGCCGCUGCUGCUGCUACUACUUAUUCUUAUCGUUACCGCUAUUAAUAUUACUAUAAAUAUUAUACUAUACUAUCAUUGGUAUUACUGGUACUGAUUGCUAUCAAGAUUAUAUUUUAUUUUAAUUUUUAACAAUAAUAUAGCGAUAUUAUAUAUAUUACCACGACUAAAAUAUCACGCCACACAGAGUGGUGAAUAGAAUUAGAAAAAUACGAAAAGCGCAGCUCGGCGCAGUGCGAUUAUACUUUAUUCCUAUUGUCGCAACAAAUUUUCUAUUGCCCAGAAUGCAUCCAUAUUCUUAUUCUGCCGCAAAUCCAAUGGCCAUCAUAGAAAUUUUCAAGUCUUGCCUUCUGAGACUUCUCGUCCCGCUUAUUUUUUCUGAAAAUGUUUCUAAUUGGAUGAUUAAAUUUGUUGUGUUUAAUAGUCCAUAUUUCAUGCUUUUAUCACCGCGAUUACAACUUGUUUGUCUAGGCAGAGGUUUAGUUGGGUAUUGGAGGGGGUACUUUAAUCACAAGCGUUGCCGAAGGAGAGGUAUAUUCAAACUUAGAUGAUAUGAAUUUUUGUAUAUCCUAAAUCCCAGAUGCAUACACCUUUAUUAUUAAAUAAAAUGUUUGACCUUUUAAGAAAAUGUGGUCUUUGUUAUUAGUCUUGUCUUUCUUAUCAAAUUUUAUCCAAUUUCACAAUGAAAACCCUGAAUGGACAAACUGUGUUUACGAGUGAGACACAAAUUCUGAAGUGCUCCGCUUUGGGAAUAAGUUUUGCGUUUUAUAUGCCGAAAAAGUUCUCACAAUUUUCUUUUAUUUGUAUUUGCAGGCAGUUUUGGACAGUCCAGAUGUGGGCGACAAUAUUUUUGGAAAUAAAGACCAGAUUUCCUGAUUCAAAAAAAUCGAAGUUUUGUAAAUCGAUUACCUAUCUAAACUCCUGCCUUUUUGUAGGCUACAAUAAUAUAUGUAUAUUUACUCUUUUCUUUUUUAUACUUUUACAUUCUUAUUGAUAAUGGAAGAUGAUCAGUUCUUAGAUUUUUUAUAUUUGUCAAUAAAAUUCUUUGCAAAUAUUCUUUACGCAUAUUCAUAAGUUUCCGUGCACUUAUCAAUGCUAAAUAUUAAAUUGAAAUGUUAUCUGCCUUGUGAGAACUUUUGUAUCGUGUCUUUACAAAAUUAUUAAAAAUAUUGCGAUAUCAUACUCUAUUGUCGUCAUUAAUCGUAAAUUUGGAAAAGUGUUAAUAAUGGUUUUCGAAAAUCUGAGUGAUCAAAUCAUGUAAGCGCUUUUAUGCAUUUUAUAGCUGCUGAUUUGUGAUUGCAUUAACUCUUCUUUCUCGUACAUUGGAAUGCGACUUAUGUUAAUGCAAAAAUCAUCUCGAAUUUCCGAAGACUAGUUCUUAAAAAUACUGUAAAUAUUAUAUAAAUGGACCCUGAAGGAAUGGACCAUUGUGUGUCUAUUGUAUUUAUACAUCAUAUAAAUAAUAUUUAUGAUUGAACGUAUAAACUGAAUACAAUAAACGUGAAUGUCCUUUA